ACUGCUGCUGUGUAGCUGCGCUUACCAGCACUUCGAUUUUUUUUUCCUAAUUUUUAAUUGAUUUAAGACCAAGUCAUCGCCCAUAAGCACUGAUAAGAAAUUGGUCGCACCUUGCAACGCCUUUAUAAAUAGCGUGUUGGCUGUAGUGUUCGGAGCAGACCGUCAUGAGUGUUAUUCCAGAGCAAAGCAUUCCUGUGCAGAAAAAGGCCCUGCAUGUGCCGCCACUGCUGGAGGUCCAGGAUGUUCUCCAAAGUGGACUGACGGCCCACUUUGCAGAGGUCCAGGUGAGGACCGUAAACUGCCCUGAUUUGCGCCAGAAGCCUUUCGAUCUUGCUUGCGAAGGCCUGGGAGGCAACGCGCGUCUUUUGGACGUCGGUGGCCCUCCGUACCUGCUUCCCUUGGUGCAGCGGGCCAAACUGUACGACAUGACCUACUUUGGGUCUCUCUCUGAAAUGCCAGGUCGCUCGUUUCUGAUCGGAGCCGGCGCCGGGCCCUGGCCGCGCUACACCGUUAACUGCGAGAUGAUCGCCAACUUGCUGGUCGAAAACAAAGUGGCAACCGUCAAUAAAACUUGGACUGCUAGGGUCAACACCACGGAUGGAAGUUGCAUCGCAGAGCAAGUCCCGGCGGCUGAGUCCCGAAAUGCUCUUUUGGGAAAUUUCUAUUGCUCUGAAGGAAAUCCUGGGCAGGUGAUUGAAAUCGACUGCAAAAACCGAAUCGGCGCCAUUGAUUUUGCUGCCAGCAUCCGCGAUGUUUUGAAAAACAAGUAUGGAGACCUGCCAGUCGGCAUGGGUGGAGUUUUUGUUCUACAGGCUGGAAAAGCAAAACAACACGUGAUGCCAGACUUCUCGUCUACCCCUCUCGAAACCGACGAGGAUGUGGACAAUUGGCUCAAGUUUUACGACAUGUCGGCGCCGUUGAUCGCCGUUGGUACGCUAAUGUCCACUGAUCCGGGUUUGGACCUGCGCAUCCAGCACUUCCACAGCUUCAGCGACCACGGCGAGGCAGGGCAUUAUCACAUUGACACCGAUCCGGUGAACGCUCAUUAUCUGGCCUAUCUCGGACUGGCAGACUAUAUUUACCGACUGGACAGACCUCCCGUCACCCACCAAAUCGGAAGGGACUGAAAAUCAAAAAAAUGCUUAUAAUAUAUCGUGCCAUAAAUAAAUUGUUUUUCUAUUUUCUCUAUUAA